UGAUAAUUAGUCAUUCAAUUAUAUGAAACGUUUUCGCCGUUAAUCAAUGAGGGAUAAAACCAUACCAGAGUAAGACACCUUGUCUCUCCUUUUGAUUUAAGUAGCACGUCAUAAUAUGUGAACAUGUGAUAACAUGUAAACAUAAUACUAUCGAACGCUUCGGCAAAGUUAGCAUUUAGAUGAUGAGCAACUUCUUGGCCUUGCUGAAUGAGCAGCAAUUGUAUGUUUUCAUCUAUAUGCUAAAAUCACUUUUCAAUCACUGUCUCAUUUGUCUCUAGGGAGGAAAUUACAAUAAUCCUGAAGAUUUCUUCACUUUUAAAGGCUUAAAAGCAGAUAUAUCACAAUGGCUACCGAUUAUAGCAUUCUGGAGGAUGAGCUCAAAAAUCAGUUGUCGGAUUUGAAGCGGGAUUUACAUAUGAGAGGAGUAAGGACCCUUGCCAAUAAGCAAAGUGGACUUGCCAAAAUGGCCGUUCAAAGGAAACAAAUCGAGCUGCUUAAAAUUCAGAUAAGUGAACUGGAACCUACAGUAUCCAUGCUGUAUAGUGCCCACCAUCAUCUCAGAGACAAUCAGAUGAAAGGUUAUUUAAUUUAUCUUCUUCAGCUGAAGGAAUACUACGCUCGGGAAGUCGAAACGAAAAAAGAAAUUAUUCGCCAACGAGAAGAACAGAUAAAGAAAUUAGUUGUGAAAUUAUGUGCCAUGCGGAAUGAAUAUGCGAAACGGAAAAGAGCUGUACCUCGAAAAGCUCCAGAAUUUGUCCUUUUGGAUAAUAUGAGUAACAAAAUUAACCAGAUAGAGAAGAGGAUCUGUUCCCUACAGCACGAGAACAAAGAAAUCCGGGAGAGCAUUAUGGACUUACGGAUUUUUCUGAAGCAGUACAAGAAGUUUGAGAAAGAGUUUCGUGAAAAAAUUGGGGAAAUGACCGAUGAAGCCCAAAUGCACCUGGAUCGUGCAGUUUCGACGUACGAAGAAAGGGAGGAAUGCAUUAAUAGAAGAAAUAUCUAUCGAGACCGGUGCUCACAAGAUUUAAGAAAGGCUGCAAUAAACGAAAAUGCCCUAAAUCUCAUUCUGGAGAAAACACAGAAAUUUGAAGACUUCGGCGAACUACAGAAAAAAAGGAGGUCCGAUUCCAGAAUUGCUACAACUGGAGGGCUGAUCGAACAAGGAAUCACCGGUUUGGAGCCCCAACUGACCAGAGUUCAGAAUCUUCACUCGGCUAUAGUCGAAUCAUCCGGUAAAGCAACUCCCCAAGAGAUGGAUGAGCACAUCAAGCUGACCGAUGACCAGGCAAAUUCGAAGUUCUCUUAUCUUGAAGAGCUUCUGGAAAUGAUCCACCGCACGCAGAACACGAUCGAUGAGUUAAAGGAAAAGAACAGAGAGCUGCUAAUGGGUCUCUCCAAUCAAGAGAAGAGACUGCGAUGGGAAAUCGGUGAAGCCCAACUAAAAGCAAAAGAAUCGAAAGCUGAAGCGGAUGCAUCGAUAGAGAACAUGAACGAAGCGAGGGCUGAGCUGGACAAUUUAUUGGAAAAAGUUCAUUUUCUGUACCUGAAAUGUGGUUCCGAAGAAAUGACGAUCCCGUCUGCCGAACAAAAGAAAGAAGCUGAAAUUUCAGAAAUCCCUCAGAUGCAAGGGAUAGAAAAUCAAGAAAUUAAUGACUCGAAUGCUUUGGAUUUUAACGAAAAAGUAGAGAAAAAGAUUUUAGAAUACCUUAUGCUUAUUGAAUAUAUACGCAUGAAGGAAUCUGUCCAAGAGGAAACACCAAUACGAUUGGCAGGCGCAGAUGAAGAUGAACUUUCAAUCGAAGAACCUCCAAAAGUAGAAUAUUUGGACACGAUUCAGCCACGGCGGUUAAAGAGCAAACCUGAUCUCCACUGUAUCUCGGAUAUGUAUCGUGAAGAUGUCGUUUUGCCACUGGAUCAAUUGAAAUCAAAAGCUGUAACAGCUGUCGCUGAAAUUGAGUCGGGAGAGAGCACCGAAGAUGAUGACUUAACUGCACAAAGAAAAGGCAAGAAGAAGGAUUGAAUUUUGGCUUUAAUAUGAAAGAAGCCGAAUAUAUAUAUAUAUUUUUUUAUUUUUAUUGGUUUGACAUAGAAAGCAAAACUCAGAUAUUUCUUCAUUUAAUUCUAAAUUUUCUGUUUUAUGUUUUGAAAUAACUCAGAAUUGAAAUAUUUUUGACAGAAAGUUACAAA